CACGGGCGAUGACGAAUUACUAAUGUUGUCAAGCAGCCGUGGAAGCGGGAAGAUAUAACAAAGGCCUGAUAGAAAUUGUUGGCGGUAAGUGAACAUUCGUCCAGAUCUCCCUUCUCCCUUCAUCGAUAUGCAGGUCUUUCUUCAGAUCGCAUGUACGUUCUUGGGCACCCUUGUGGCCUACGGAUUGUAUCAGCUUGUCAAAAACUUUUAUAUCGAGUAUACUUCCCCCCUCAGUGAUCUCCCUGGGCCUGAAAGCGCGAGCUUUUUUUCGGGAAAUUUGAAGCAGAUAUGGGCGUCGGAGGACAGUAAUGUACACCACGAAUGGGUCAAACAAUAUGGACCUACCCUUAGAUAUUCGGGGACCCUUGGCGGGUACCGGUUGCUCACGACGGACCUACGAGCAGUUUCGCACAUUCUUAAUAACGCUUACGACUACCCUAAACCGCCCCAUAGCCGAUAUAACUUAGGGCGCAUUAUCGGCAAAGGCAUCCUUGUCGUUGAAGGAGAAAAGCACAAGCAGCAGCGAAGGACUAUGAACCCGGCCUUUGGACCCGUUCAAAUUCGUGAACUCAACACCAUUUUCCUCGAAAAGUCUCUCCUGUUACGGGAUUUAUGGACAGCAGAAUGCGCAGCUGCACAAGGAACUCUCACCACUGACGUACUCUCGUGGUUAAGUCGGUUGACCUUAGAUGUCAUUGGUCUAGCCGGUUUCAACUACAAAUUCAAUUCACUCAACCCCAGUCAUACCCCAAACGAGUUGAACGAAGCGUUUACCAAAAUCUUCGCGACUGCUAACCGAUCAAAUCCGUUGCUAUUUAUCAAAACCUUCUUCCCGGCGUUACGUUUUAUCCCUGAUCCACGGGAGGCCGAAAUUACCAGAGCGCACGAAACCAUGAAUCGAAUUGGGCAUCAACUCCUCGAUGAAAGUCACGCCCGCCUUCGAGCAAGUGGAGAGAAAGGUAGUUCGACCGCUCGGGAUCUUCUCUCACUGCUUGUUAAGGCCAACAUGUCUGCUGGUGUCGGUGAACAUCAACGCAUGGCUGAUAGCGAUGUUCUAGCUCAGGUCCCGACUUUCUUGAUCGCCGGCCACGAAACCACAAGUACUGCGACAACAUGGGCUCUUUUUGCCCUGACUCAAAGUCCAGAUACUCAGAUUAAGCUGCGGGACGAGCUGUUACGGGUUGAUACCGAUACACCCACGAUGGAUGAAUUGAAUGCUCUUCCCUACCUGGAUUGGGUCGUUCGGGAAACGUUACGCGUGCAUUCUCCCGUCCCUGCAACCGCUCGUAUUGCAGGAAAGGAUGAUGUGAUUCCUUUAAGCCGGCCGUUCGUUGACAGGAAAGGCAAAGUCCAGGAUUGUAUCAGGAUCAGAAAAGGCCAGCUUGUUAUGAUUCCUAUUGCUACAGUCAACCGAGAUGAAACCCUGUGGGGCAAAGAUGCGAUGGCAUUCAAACCAGAAAGAUGGGAAAACAUUCCUGAUACAGUAAAGUCCAUACCUGGUGUAUGGGGAAACCUUCUGUCAUUCAUUGGUGGUCCUCGUUCGUGCAUUGGGUAUCGCUUCUCUCUGGUGGAGAUGAAAGCUAUUCUCUUCACUCUCGUAAGGGCAUUCGAAUUCGAAUUAGCCGUCCCGGGAGCGGAAAUCGCGAAAAGGUCCGUUAUCGUGCAACGGCCAUUGCUCAGAAGUAACCCUGAUGCCGGGAACCAAAUGCCCAUUAUAAUCAAACCAUACCAGAAGGUGUGAAGAAUGGUGCAUGGGCUUUCGGCUUCCUCCGGCUGUGUCAAUGAUGUGUAAUUUAUACAACAAUGAACGUUGAAUAUCCCGAUGUUUCUGUUCGGAGCCGGCGCAAGGGG